AUGACAUACUAUCGUAGCCUGUCGCCAAGCAACAGUCGUCACCAGAGUGGCCCUCGGGCCUCGACCGGUACAGUCCAGCUCGGUUCCUCUUACGAUCACUAUGACCCUCAUCGGAGCCGCUACGAAUCCGAUGGCUACACCUCAAAUCCGGAUACCCCAGCUCCUACCGAUACCCUCCCCGUCGAUCUCCAAAGCGCACAGAAUACACAAUUCAACCCCAAUCCAGGCACCGAAGCAACACAACAUCGGGAAUGGAAUACGAUAACCCGCCUCGCCUCGCAGUGCCUUCCUCUCACCUUCGUCCUGUCAUCAGCUCGAGUCAUGGCUCCAUUGCCAGCCCCGUGGCCCCCGAUUCGGGUCAAUACCUUGUCCCGUACAAUCCCCCAUAGCCGCCACCGUCGAGUAUACAGCACCGACUAUGCUAGUGACACUGGACGCUAUGGAGCCCAUGGUAGCAAACACCGCUCAUCUGGCCAUGGAUCAUAUCACGUCCAUGCACAGAAUCCACGACGCCAUCACACUGGAUGGAGCAAGGGCGAGGACAUUGAUUCUUAUGAUGCCUACUCCUACACUACUCCUCGUGAGCAAUUCGACCGAGACUGUCCUGUCAAGCCGCGUCGUACAGGACGAACCUCAUUAGACCGACCUCUGAGUAUGACGGUUAUGGAUGAAGACCCUCGGUUCUCCGGCUCUGUUAGCCGGGGUCGCCACCAUGGUCCUCCACCUACCUCAUGGGGACUUGAUAAACUUGACUCGUUAGAUCGAGAAGGCCGGCCACGUUCUGCCCGUCCAGAGGACCAACAUCGAUCUGGAUCUAAGUCGAGGGCCCAUGACCGCGCGCUGGUCGCAUUGUCACAUGGCUCCGAGGAUGAGUACGAUUCCUACAGCGAUGGCCACCGCCGUCGACACCGCCGCCAAGAAAAUGAUCUGGCGCUGGCGGGUCUUGGCGCAGGCCUUGGUACGGCCGCGUUGGCGGGCUACUCGGAUAUGUCGGACUACGAUUAUCCAGGCGUGCGCCGACAUCACAGGCGUCCACGCGAUGACGAGCGAGAUUACCAUCCUUCGGGGUCUACGUCUCGCGAGCUCCUGGAUAAUAACGGCGAGAGAAGUAAAAAGCUCUACCUGGAACCAAGUGACUAUCAUGACCGCCGAAGCCGGUCUCGUCGACGCUCUCGACACCGUCCUACUGGGAGCUCAGGGGGGUUCACGGAUGACGAGGAUCUCCGCGAGUACAAGAGGCAGCCAUCUGCAGACCCUCGCUACAGACACAGCAGUACGGAUACCAGCGAGGAUGAGCGCCCAAGUGGUCGUCAUCAUCGUGCCCGCUCACACCGCAGUUCAUCGCGCCGAUUACCGGAUGAUCGUUCAUACCACUCUAGCUCUUCAAGACAGUCACUCCCUCAUGACAGCAAAGACGACCUGAAGACGCCUAUCACUGUCGAACCAGCUGCUCCUAAAGCACCUGAGGCCCCGCCCAAGGGUAUUUUGAAGACACCACGCGCCAGCUUCCCAGAGGAGAAAAAUCCAGUGCGAGAGGGUGUUGCUCCCCUCAAGGAUGCGACCAAGAAGGGGAACGAGCGAUAUGAGGAGCGACCGGAGUAUGUCAUUGUGUUGCGCGUCUUGAGCAAGGAGGAGAUUCAAGCCUACGCUGUGAAGACACAAGAGAUCAGAGAUGCUCGCCACAAGGACCAGACCCGUGACAGGCGGCGCCGCAUUGAGGCAAGCCAAAGGGACCGCCCUGGUGAAAUGACCUCGAGUGAUGAUGAGGAAGAACGAGACGAGAAGCAUCGCCAGGAGCAGCCGCAGCCGCAGCCGCAGCCGCAGCCUCGACUUGAAGCCCCUCCGGCUCCACCAUCAAAUCAAACGUCUCUACCAUUCCAUACUCGGGCAGCGAACCCCCUUGUACAAGGAACCGAGGGAUUAAGGCCUACUCCCUCAAUGGCCCAAGUGUAA